GGAGGGAGCCAGGCGGAGGUGGCAGCGGCGGCGGCGCCCCAGAGCCGAGGGAACGCGCGGGCCUCGCGCCGCGGGAGCAGACGGCUGCGGAAGAGACCGCAGGCUCGCUGCCCGAGGCGGGAGGGCUCAGCCUCUUGACUGCCCGCCUCAGCGGCCGCCGGCCGCUUCCGUUGCCCGGAGUGGCCGCCGCCCCUGCAGACUCGCCGUGACACGGGCCUAAGCCGCCGCGACUCGGGCGUCCGGACAGCUCGGACCCUUCGGGCCAGGCCGGGUGGGGACGGGCAUCCCGGCAGGUGCCGCCCCCAGAGGGUGGGCCCGGGGCAAGGGGCCCACCCGCGCGGCCCGCGGGCCGGGCUCGGCAGAGGGGCCGCCCGCGCAGCGCCCCCACCGUGGGCCGGAGCCGAGUCGCCGCCGCGUCUUCUGGGGGACGGCCGGGCCGGAGCUGCGGGAGCCGGGAGACCCCACGCCGGUCCCCGGCCGCCGCCCGCCGGGCUCGCGCAGGAGAGGAGGGAGGAGAAACUUUGCCUUUUAUUGUUUUUAGCUGUUAAGUGCAAGGAACUCUGUGUUGGAAGGAAAAAUGUCCUUCUUCAAUUUCCGUAAGAUCUUCAAGUUGGGGAGCGAGAAGAAGAAGAAGCAGUACGAACAUGUGAAAAGGGACCUGAACCCCGAGGAGUUUUGGGAGAUUAUAGGAGAAUUGGGUGACGGAGCCUUUGGGAAAGUGUACAAGGCCCAGAAUAAAGAGACCAAUGUUUUAGCUGCUGCAAAGGUGAUUGAUACCAAAUCUGAAGAAGAACUUGAAGACUACAUGGUUGAGAUUGAUAUAUUAGCAUCUUGUGAUCACCCAAAUAUAGUCAAGCUUCUAGAUGCCUUCUAUUAUGAGAACAAUCUUUGGAUCCUUAUUGAAUUUUGUGCAGGUGGAGCAGUAGAUGCUGUGAUGCUUGAACUUGAGAGACCAUUAACUGAGUCCCAAAUACAAGUAGUUUGCAAACAGACUUUAGAGGCAUUGAACUACUUACAUGAUAAUAAAAUCAUCCACAGAGAUCUGAAGGCUGGCAACAUUCUUUUUACUUUAGAUGGAGAUAUUAAAUUGGCGGAUUUUGGAGUAUCAGCUAAAAACACGAGGACAAUUCAAAGAAGAGAUUCCUUUAUUGGCACACCAUAUUGGAUGGCUCCUGAAGUAGUCAUGUGUGAAACAUCUAAGGACAGACCCUAUGACUACAAAGCUGAUGUUUGGUCCCUGGGUAUCACUUUAAUAGAAAUGGCUGAGAUAGAACCACCUCAUCAUGAAUUAAAUCCAAUGCGGGUGCUGCUAAAAAUAGCAAAAUCUGAGCCCCCUACAUUAGCACAGCCAUCAAAAUGGUCUUCAAAUUUUAAGGACUUUCUAAAGAAAUGCUUGGAAAAGAAUGUGGAUGCUAGGUGGAACACAUCUCAGCUACUGCAGCAUCCCUUUGUUACUGUUGGUUCCAACAAACCAAUACGAGAAUUGAUUGCAGAGGCAAAGGCUGAAGUAACAGAAGAAGUUGAAGAUGGUAAAGAGGAAGAUGAUGAUGAGGAAGCAGAAAAUUCUCUGCCAAUACCUUCAGAUAAGCGUGCCUCUUCUGACCUUAGUAUCGCCAGCUCUGAAGAAGAUAAACUUUCACAAAAUGCUUGUAUUUUGGAAUCUGUCUCAGAAAAAACAGAACAUAAUACUUCUGAAGAUAAAUUCAACAACAAAGUUCUUAUUGAAAAACCUACCAUGGAUGAACCUGAAAAGGCCAUGGAUGGAAUGCAUGAACAUGUUGACGAUGCUCAUUUGGAAGCUAUGGCUGAACUCCAUAAUAGAACAAUAGUAAUCAAAGAGAAUGGGAGAGAGAAGAGACCUGAGUUUGAAAAUCUACCUGAUACAAAAGACCAAGAAACUGUGAACACUAAUUCAGUCAGUGAAGGAAAAGAGAAUAAUGUAAUGAUAACUUUAGAAACAAACAUUGAAGAUAAUCUAAAAUCUGAGGAAGAAAGGAAUCAGGAAGAGAAACAGACAUUUGAAAAUAGGCUUAUAAAAUCUGAAGAAAUUAAAGAUACUGCUAUUGAAACAAUAGAUUUAGUUUCUCAAGAGACUGGAGAAAAAGAGGCAGAUAUUCAGGCAACUGAUAGUGAAGUUGGGCUUAAAAAGGAAGACAGCCAAGAGAAAUUGGGAAGAGAUGACAAAACUCAAAAAGAUGUGAUCAGCGAUACAAGUAAUGUGGUAGGAAUAAAUGAGGCAGUAGAUGUUGUUCAGAAGGUUGUUGAAAACAGUGCUGAGGAUACUCAGAGUAAUGAUGGGGAAAAAGUGGUUGAAGUAGACCAGAAAUUAAUAAGCAAGCCUGCGGAGGGUCCUGAGGCGGGUGGUACUAAGGAAGUUUCUAUUAAAGAAAUAGUUGAAACUAAUGAGAUAGGUCAAAAAUCUGUAGAAGGUAAAAAUAAGGAACAAUUAAUAAACAGUUCAGAGAACAUAUUGGAGACGAAUGAAGAACCACGGACAAAUGAGGUUGAAGAAAUUACUGAGUCAAGUAGCACAGAAGAAAUAGAGGUUGGAAAUGUAGUGAUUGAUGCUGACCAAAAGGCUUUAGGAGGUGAAACUCAGGAUGCUCAUAAAGCCACUACUCAGAUAGAUACAGAGAAAAAAGAAAUGCCAUGUGAAGUGCCAAUUAAAACAGAACCUCAGGUUACUGCAGUUUCACAGGCCAGUGAACCUCAGCCUGUUCCAAUACCCAGUAUUAAUAUCAACUCUGGAGACGCAGAAAAUAAAGGAGAAAUCGGUGCUUUGUCAAAAACUGAAACCAUGCUGCUUCCAGAAUCUGAGAAUCAAAAGGAAAAUGAUGCUGAUUCAGGCACUGGUUCCACUGCUGAUAACAGCAGCAUUGACUUGAAUUUAUCCAUCUCUAGCUUCCUAAGUAAAACUAAAGACAGUGGAUCAAUAUCUUUACAAGAAACAAGACGACAAAAGAAAACAUUGAAGAAAACACGCAAAUUUAUUGUUGAUGGUGUAGAAGUGAGUGUAACAACGUCAAAGAUAGUUACAGAUAGUGAUUCCAAAACUGAAGAAUUGAGGUUUCUUAGACGUCAGGAACUUCGGGAAUUAAGAUUUCUUCAAAAAGAAGAGCAAAGAGCCCAACAACAGCUUAAUAGUAAACUGCAGCAACAACGAGAACAAAUUUUCCGGCGCUUUGAGCAGGAAAUGAUGAGUAAAAAACGACAGUAUGACCAGGAAAUCGAGAAUCUAGAAAAACAGCAGAAACAGACUAUUGAACGUCUGGAACAAGAACACACAAAUCGCUUGCGAGAUGAAGCCAAACGCAUUAAAGGAGAACAAGAGAAAGAGCUGUCCAAAUUUCAGAAUAUGCUAAAGAACCGAAAGAAAGAGGUUAUAAAUGAAGUGGAGAAAGCACCCAAAGAGCUGAGAAAAGAGCUCAUGAAACGCAGGAAAGAGGAGCUUGCACAAAGCCAGCAUGCCCAGGAACAAGAGUUUGUUCAGAAGCAACAACAAGAAUUAGAUGGCUCUCUGAAAAAGAUCAUCCAACAACAGAAGGCAGAGUUGGCCAAUAUUGAGAGAGAGUGCCUGAAUAACAAACAACAGCUCAUGAGAGCUCGAGAAGCUGCAAUUUGGGAGCUUGAAGAACGGCACUUACAAGAAAAACACCAACUGCUCAAACAGCAACUUAAAGAUCAAUAUUUCAUGCAAAGACAUCAGCUACUUAAGCGCCAUGAGAAGGAAACAGAACAAAUGCAGCGUUACAAUCAACGACUUAUCGAGGAAUUGAAAAACAGACAGACUCAAGAAAGAGCGAGAUUACCCAAGAUUCAGCGCAGUGAAGCUAAGACCCGAAUGGCCAUGUUUAAGAAAAGUUUGAGAAUUAACUCAACAGCUACGCCAGAUCAGGACCGUGACAAAAUUAAACAGUUUGCUGCACAAGAAGAAAAGAGGCAGAAAAAUGAGAGAAUGGCUCAGCAUCAGAAACAUGAAAAUCAAAUGCGGGAUCUUCAGUUGCAAUGUGAAGCCAAUGUUCGAGAACUGCAUCAGCUGCAGAAUGAAAAAUGCCACCUUUUGGUUGAGCAUGAGACUCAGAAACUAAAGGAGUUAGAUGAGGAACACAGCCAAGAAUUAAAGGAGUGGAGAGAGAAAUUGAGACCUAGGAAAAAGACACUGGAAGAAGAGUUUGCCAGGAAACUGCAAGAACAGGAAGUGUUCUUUAAAAUGACUGGGGAGUCUGAAUGCCUUAACCCAUCAACACAGAGCCGUAUUUCCAAAUUCUAUCCUAUUCCUAGCUUGCAUUCCACUGGAUCAUAACAUGGGAAGCAUUCUGUGCUUGGGUUUGGCUUUUUAAAUAUGUCAUUCUAUUCUCUUCAUCUUCUGCCACAGUCUAUAUCAGAUAGCUCACGAAGACAAUCACCUGCCUCACCUUCUAGGUGUUUUUUUGUUUUUUUGUUUUUGGGGGUUUUUUUUAAAGCAAAGAUGAAAGGAAAACAAACUUAAGACAGAUGCUGGGCCAUGUUGGCAAAGUAGCAUCUUGCAGUAAUUCCCUAAGGUGAUUUUGUAUAUUAAUCUUAAAAAUUGUAUUUAGACACUGUUACCUGAAAAAUUGUUAAGAGAAAUAAUGUUUAAAGUUAUUUAAAGAAAACUGUUACAUCACUAAGUAUUAAUAAAUGUCUUUUUACCUGCCCUAACUUCUCAAUGAUGCCUAAAUUCUAUAGCUGAGCUCUGCUGUAGAGGGUUGAAAUGAUUUUCUUUUGGUGAAUCAGCUCUCAUGAAAAAGCUAUGAGUUGCUCAAAAUGUUCUAUUGAUUCAGUGAAUAAAUAUAUUUUGUCUUUAAAUAGGAACAAACUCUUUUAAAAGAGAGAAAUUAUUUCAGUAAUUUGUUGAAAGUAAUUACCUAUUUAGGCAUGAGCUAAUAAUUGAGGGUGCUAGUUUUAUUAAGAUAGUGCCUAAAACACUAAAUUUUAAUCAAGUCUAAAAUAGGAUUUUCUUUUUGAUCAACGGGGAUAAUAUAACAUCCUUAGCAUUAAACAUUAUUGUGUUAAAAAUCUUGCUCCUAUUACCAUUUGAUGGCAAUUUUCAUCCUAAAAUGUAUGUUGUACAAAGUUUGGAAAGACAAAAAAAGUAGCUUUUAGAUGUGCAAAUUGGAAAUGUAAAACACCAAAUUAAAAGUAAUAUAGAUUUAGCCGUCUCAGUUUAUUUUCUAAAAUAAUACAUGAGUUAAAUGACUUCCCUCCAUCUUAGUGAAUUCUGUUCAUUUAAAACUCUGUGAGAAGCUUGCAGGCUCUGAAUUAUAUUUAUAAAUAUAUUUUCUGAAAUUAAUCUUAAAAAGCAUUUGCUCAGAAUACGUUUUUUAAAAAGGAUUUAAAUAUUUAGGCAAAUGCCAGAAAUGACUUUUGUUUUGAAAUGAGGCUACUUACAUUUUGGUUUUAUUUUGUUCCAUAUUUAAAUUAUUUACUUUGAGUGGGAAACCUUUAUCAUGUGGUUGCUGAUAUGUGUAAUUAUUAAUGAAAUGUUCUCUCUUAGUCCCUUUUGAGGCUUAGAAUUUCAACCAUGUGUCAGGUCAAAACAGUAUUAUGAACUGGACUUUGAUGUGUGAGACAGCACAUUUGUAAAUGAUGCUUGUUGCCUGCCAUUUACAACCUAUUCUCUCCUAAGAGUGCUAGGUACCAAAUUAUAAAAGUUUGUUUUUAGUUGUAUUACUUUUGAGGCUGGUGAAAAAUUUAAACGCAACUUUGUGGGAACACUGAUUUAUACUAAGAAAAUGUAAAUGUCUGUAGCACUUUCUUGCAGUUAAUUUGAAAACUUUAAAUGCUGAACCUUAUUUUGUCAGUGGUUUAGGUGAUUUAAAAAUGCAUGUGCGAUUUUAAUUUUGUAAUUGUUUUGACAAGCAUAAUUUACUUGGACAACUUUGUAGGUAGCCUUAACUUCUGGCCAAGUUUGUUUUUUAUAUAAAUAUAUAUACAUAUAUAUAUUAUGUAUGGUUGUAAAUUCAUACACUUAUCACAUGAAUGUGUUACUGUAUACAAAACUCUUUUAACGCUUUAUUCUCAAAUGCUGGGUUGAAAGAUGUUUUUAAAGCCUUUUGAAAUAUAUAUCUUUAUAAAGUAAUAUUCAGGAUGAUGGAAAUUGUUUAUAUUGUUAUGAUAAAAAUGACAGUAUAAUGUUGCCCAGUGUAUUUAAUGAUUUAUUUGAAAGCGGAGUGGGGAGGAAGGUUCUCAACCACUUUCUCCUUUGAAAUUGUCAGUUUAUUAACUUUUUAAAAAUGAAUACUUUAGACAGUGGAUAUUUUUUCAGUAUCAUUGAAAUGAUACCCUGUGUGCUAAAGUUUGUGGUGCCUAAUUAAUUUGGUCUGAAUAUUUGAUUAUUUUCCUUUCAGUAUGACAUUCAGAGUAUUGACUCAAGGCGAGAGGCUCAGAGUGGCAUGAUUGAUGCUCUGGGUAAAGUUAUUAGCGACUCGCAUCUCCCUUAAAACUGCCUUUUGGAUUCAGUGUUUGUGCUUGAGUUCUCUUUCAAACAUGACCAUAUUCAUAUGGGUGCAAGACUAUACAAUGAUACCUAUGUAGAGGGUACGCAUUCAUUUUCAUACUUAAAGUUACAUAAAUUUUUUCAAAAAGUGUUUUGUUAUAGAAUAUACUAUUUGUACCCAUAUUGGCCCACCUCUUGUUAGGCCCUAUAUUCAAAUAGAUAAUAGUGAUCAUUCUUUCUUGCAUGAAGUGUAGGUAGGGAGUGGGUGAGGGGCACAGACUUCUUUGAAAUCUAAGAGUACAGUCAAAUUUCUUCCUGAUUUGGUUGUUUUGUUGCUGUGGCAGAAUGUGCCAUGAAAUGCAUAAAAGAACUUCUCCAUACGUGCACCCUAAUCAGUCCCCUCUCCUCUUUUUCCUGAGUGCUUGUGAACACGCCAGACCUCCACACUUCUGUAGGUCCAGCUCCUAGAGCUUGGGGCACCAGGCUGCCUUUCCUAGUCCUGUCAACCAUAGGGUAUGAAUUGCUGAAUUAGCUGCUAUUUUAUGUGGAGUCACAUUAAGCUUUUUCUUACCCUUCUCUAUGGGGAAGCUAUAGGGUGGGUAAGGAGGAAAUUUAGAGUGCUUUUACUUUGCUGAAAAUAUUAGAACUUUCCUGUGACAGGAUACAGCAAAUUGUAAUUAAAUAUAAACCAGAACCAGAGCUACCUCUAAGUAGUAUUUCCUCAAGCACAAAGCUCUCAGGCAUAUGAGACCCAGUUUAAUAGAGGGUCUCUGAUUUCUUGAGCAUCAGUGAGUUUCAGAAGUGACUAUUUUUUGUACUCUUCUAGUUUCCUUGUAACUACACACUUUUUCCCAUUCCACACUGUGCUUAAAUGACAGACUUCUGAGAAGCCACAUUCUGUCAAAGUAUUAGCUAGAGAUGUUGAUUAAAGGAAAACCUAGACUGAAGUGGAAGAAGAGUGUUCCAGUUCUAAUAGUCUUUUGAUUAAAUAAAUCAAUUCUUUUCUGGGAAAUGAUUUUUUUAUAGGAAAUGGGAUGAUAUUUUAAACGCUUUUCUUAAGUUGAAGGCACGACAGUUAAUGCCUCUAUUGUUGCUAUUCUGUGGCUGACGUGGUUUUGAUAAAGCUUUAAAAUUUCUGCUACUAAGCCUGGGAUAGAGUGUUUUACCAGUUUUAAAUGUUGGCUGCAGCUUUUUGUGAUCCUUCUCUGAUUUGCAGUGUAAUGAGUUCAUAAGCUAAAUUUUCAGAAAGAAUUUUGUUUCAGAUUAUGCCUCUUGUCUAUUUGAGAGCAACAUGUCUUUUCAAUCAUGAGAUUGACACACAAAAAAUAAAGUUAUUUCUUAAUC